UACAAAUUAAUUAUAUUUUUACAGGUAAGCAUCCCUCCCUUUUUAUUUGAAGCUGUUUUAUAUGCCCCUAUUGAUGACACAAAUAGCACGGCAAAGAUUGGAAAUGGAAACAUCUUCUUUACUUUGUAUAAAAAAGAAGUGGCCAUGUGGGAGUCCCUAACUCUGGCAAAUACUAACAGAGAGAAACUACAAUAUUUAAGAGAGAAUGCUGUUCUAAAAGCUCAUGAAAAAGCAAAAGAGGAGACCGAAGCAAGGAAAGUUACAAAACAGGAACACAAAAAGUAUGCGUUGGAGGCCACAAUGAAGCUAGAAGAAGCAGAAAGAAAAAGAAUUGAAGAUCUGAAAGAAAAGGAGCGUCAGAAGGUCACUAAGGAGUUGGAGUUGUGGAGAAAACAGCAAAAAGAUGCUGAGAAACAGAAGAGCAUACAAAAAAAAGGGGAAUUACAUCAAAAAGUAGAGCAAUUAAAGGAGAAGAAAAAGGAAAAAAUGAACAAAACUAGUAUUCCUAGUGAAGGAACUUCUAAGACCAGACUCAAACCUAUUAAAGAUCAUGGUUCCUGUAGUAUGUUUUCAGAAAAUUUAAAGGAAGAACAGUUACCAGCUCCUCGAUGUGCUGCUACAAUUAAAAUCAGCUUUACGCCACGAGUUUUUCCCACAGCUCUGCGAGAAUCUCGCAUUGCAGAAGAGGAGGAGUGGCUACGUAAACAAGCAGAAGCUCGAAGAACAAUAAAUGCUGAUUUGUCUGAGCUGGAAGAUUUAAAAGAAGAGGAGAAGAAUCCAGAUUGGUUAAAGGAGAAAGGAAACAAAAUGUUUGCAGCGGGAGACUAUCUUGGAGCUGUAAGUGCGUAUAACCUCGCGGUGCAGCUGAACAAUAAGCUUCACCUGCUGUAUCUGAAUCGUGCUGCUUGCCACCUGAAACUGAGAAAUUUACAUAAAGCCAUUGAAGACUCCUCUAAG